AUGGCCUCCGACGACGCUUCGCUGUUCCAGCGCAAGUACAUUGACUACGUCUAUGUCCCCGCUGCGCUGCUCAUCUUUGGCACCCUCAUUGUCAAGCGCGAUUGGGUGCCCUACUCUGCGCUCUUGGCCCUUGCCUUUGGCAUCUACAACUUCAAUGCCCUGAAGGUCAAGAAGGUCCUGAAGCCCGACGUCUUCCAGGAGUUUGAGCUCGAGGAGAAGACUGUCAUCUCCCACAACGUUGCCAUCUACCGCUUCAAGCUCGAUAACCCCUCUUCCAUCCUCGGUCUCCCCAUCGGCCAGCACAUCUCCAUCGGUGCUAAGCUUCCCCAGCCUGAUGGCACCACCAAGGAAAUUGUCCGCUCUUACACUCCUGUGUCUGGCGACCACCAGCCUGGCCACUUUGACGUCCUCAUCAAGUCCUACCCCCAGGGCAACAUCUCUAAGCACAUGGCUUCUCUCGUUGUGGGCAAGACUAUCCGUGUCCGCGGCCCCAAGGGUGCUUUCACUUACACUCCCAACAUGGUUCGGCACUUCGGAAUGAUCGCCGGUGGUACCGGAAUCACCCCGAUGCUGCAGGUCAUGCGGGCCAUUGUCCGUGGCCGGGCCGCCGGGGAUAAGACCGAGGUUGAUCUGAUCUUUGCCAAUGUCACUCCUCAAGACAUUCUCCUCAAGGAGGACCUCGAUGCCCUUGCCGCCAAGGACGCUGGCAUCCGUAUCCACUACGUCCUCGACAAGCCCCCGGAGGGCUGGACUGGUGGUGUCGGAUAUGUUACGGCCGACAUGAUUACAAAAUGGUUGCCGGCACCUGCGGACGACGUCAAGAUCCUGCUCUGCGGUCCUCCUCCGAUGGUUAGUGGCCUGAAGAAGUCCGCCGAGAGCCUUGGCUUCAAGAAGGCCCGCCCCGUCAGCAAGCUUGAGGACCAGAUCUUUGCCUUCUAA